AUGCCGAAUGUGGAAGCAGAUCCUGUUCUGUUUGAAGACAGCAUUCUUCAGCAGGAACUAUUAUUUGAUAUAGUAAAUGAAGCAAAAACAACGAACGAGAUCGAAAUUCAGAAACGUUUGCGGCAAUGUCGACGGCGUAGUGCUGCUGUUGAAGCGCAAGCACUGAAAGAAAGCCGACAGUCGUUUGAAUUAACUGAUGAAGAAUUACUGAAGGCUUUUACAGAUGCUAAGGAUUAA